AUGACCGUGGGCAGUGACUUCCGGGCUUCUCUCCCCAACAUGGGCACAUCCCAUGCAGACUUUGCUCUCGGCUUGGACUCGGAUCGCCUCGAGGGCCAUCCGCGCAUGUUCAAAAAACACAAGGUUCUACCGCAUCCCCGGAAGGAUGAAUUGCAGCGCUCGGGUUCGUGGAGAUACGGGCAGGGGAGCGAGGCGUCUCUGUCCCAAAACGGCGCGUCACCAACCCUGAGCCCCAGCCUCCGACUACGCGCGAGCCGGUCAGGAAGAGGUCCAGAGCCACCACCCACACCGCCUGCGCACUCCCGGACUUCCUCGGCCAGCCAUCCUGCGGAUCCCUCGACUCCCAAACUCGCUGGCGAUUCUUUGAGCAGCGCUGAUGAUGCCGAGUCGCGUCCCCCAGCGACUCCCACUAACCAACAAACCCUGCCCACCCCAAAUUUGACCCCCGAUCGGACGCCUCCAGGCCCUGCCACGAGUCAAACUCAGCAGCGGCCCCCGAUAACCGGGCGCAACUCGUCGAAAGUCACGACAGGUUCACGGGCCGAGUCGUUCACAACCGCGAGGGAGAACCCGUCCUCGUCCGAUGAUGACGAUGGGAAGUCGACCAUGCGCCCGGGAUUAGCUUCGGCGAGGACCUCACAGAGCACCGUUCGGCAAGUUAGCAGGGAGACCAGGAGCGUCUCCCAGCCUGUCGGUUUGGGUUUAAGCCUCGACCCGGAUUCCAUAGCUGACUCGACACCGAGGAUCAUGCCUGAGUUUAACAAGUUUGAUGGCGAGUGGGCAAGCGGGGAGAGAGGGCCCAACGAGGCCGUGAGGGAGUGGGACUCGGAUCUUAUGAGGAAUGUAACCAUCAGGAAACGGCGGCCGAGUCGCCCAAGGGAGACUCGAAAAACAGAAGUCGUUGACGAUAGAGCAGUAACACCAACCAACGCCACCCGGGCGAUUCGUUCUAUGUCUCUAGAAGAAAGCCCGAUCGUAUACCCUUCGCGCAGGGUUGCUUCGGAUCGAUACCCGACUCGGGCUGCUCCUGUGGAUUCCGAGUCUUCAGCUAGCAUCGAUAUCAAGCGUUCCUCGAUCCUAUCAACGAAAUCGAAUGCAUCGACUGUGGUGGAGGCUAGGCUCGUAGAAACGGCGCCUCAGCGACGGAAGACGUUGCGACACGUUAGGAAGCAGAGCGCCUUACGGGACUCGGGCUCCGAAGUAUCCCCGGCCAGUUCUGCGCCGACAUCCGUCUCUCCAGCCGCCGAUGGCCGACGUCAACGUCAGGAAUCGGCAGUCCCCAGGGCGGCCGAAGCCGUCCGCGAAAGCUAUGCCUCGACGGCCACCAACAACUCCAUUUCAAGCCGGAAAGCCCGUCGUUCGGUGUGGAAUAACGGCGGUGUGCCAGUCGUUGUGAUUCCUGAGCGCCGCUCCUCGGUCAAAUCCAACAACAGCAAAUCGCCCUCCCUGCGGUCAACGAGCAGCCGGAGAUCUCGCAGCCUCAGCUCUGUUCCGACUUCGCAACCGUCCAAGAGCAGAGAAAAUGUUCCUGUUUUUGAAAGGCCUUACCGUCGAAGCAGGGCGCUUUCUGAGUCGGAUGGAUCCAGAGCAGGGGAUGAACGGACUAUGGAUUUCCCCCCGGUCAUCCCUACUCGGUCCUCUUCGCUUUCGGCGCCCACGAGUCGAAAUGUGUCAAGGACGGGCUCGCUAACAGCAGAGAGCUUGAAGACUCAUAACGUCUUCCAGGCGCAGCAAGCGCACCACGCUCUGCAGAACGCGAGUCGGGAACUUGACAAAUUGCAGAAUCAGCCUCCGCCGACAAGCAGCGAUACGCUACGGAACGGGAGAGGGACGGAUUUACCGUCUGCGACCGGUAAAAGUGAGAGCAGGGAACCUACCGUGCCGGUUGGGCGGACUCCGCGGGAGAAGCAGAGCAGGUCGGGCGGGAGCUCUGUUCAGACGCUCCGGGACUCGCACGGCACCCAGCGAGAGAGCGGCGCCGACCGGGAUGAAGACCCCUUCUAUGGGACGAGGCUGUCCGUGCAAAACACGCCGCUUUCCGUCGCUUCGGCCGACACAGCCCCAACCUCUCAAGCCGAGGUUUCCGAGGCCAUGGCCGUCAAUAUCUACCCGCACCAGAGUAAAUCUGUCGUGCUCGUUGACCAUUCCGCCAAACCAUCGGAGAGCUCCUCUCUGGAACAGUACAAGGGCCCUGGCCUCGAUAUUCCGGUCGUUAAGAUGACCGAUGUGAACGGUGGUGUUCCCGUCACGCCGCCGCAGCAGUUCUCCGUGGACGAUGUCGACUCGCCACUAAGGAACCCACGAGCGCCGCCUCAACCUCCAGCCAUCAAUUUCAUCCCGGCCACGCCAUCGGGUCUAACACCGACAACUGAGAAGCAGACACAACUUGGCAACUACUACGAAAUGACGGCGGAGAAGCCGAAGCGCAGCCUAUCCCUACUCAAACGAGCCCUAACCCGCCGAACAACGAGCGACUACGGCCCUUCCCCGGCUCGCCCCGUUGGCCUCCUUACCCGGACAUUUUCCCUCUCUCGAAACAUCAGACGUCGGGACGAACGACCCCGCCUCAAACGCCGCUCGACGGGUGACUCUGGCCCCCAAGACGAGACCAGACUCCACCCGCACUGGCGGCCCGCCUACGCCGAAGACGAGCGCUGCGACUGCGGCUGCUGUUCCUCCUCGGACGAAGACGAUUACGACGAUGACCAUGACGACGACCACGACGACGAAGACGACCGAACCUACCGCUACCCGCCCAUCGACAACCGGCCCGCCCCCUUCUCCCCCUCCUUCCCCGCCCCCCGCCGCAGGCUGAGCGAGCGCCUCAAGCGCACCUUCGCCAUCCUUCCCCGACGCGACGACCGCGACAACUGGGACAACGGCUACGGCAACCGAGGCGGCGACGGCGGCUAUUAUGACACGGCCUACCCCGCUACGGCGGACGACGCGCCCGACCGCAGAACCAUCCGCCGCACGCCGAGCGGCAACCUGCGCGUGAUGAAGUUCCGUCGCAGCAUGGAAUCCCUGACGCGGGGCACUCCACCACUAGUAGCCACUGCUACUACCGCGAACGGCCGGCCGUACUACCCCCCCGCCAGCCAGCGGCGGUACACGCGCCUGUGGCGGUCCCUCAGCCUGAAAGCGAGAACCUCCCUCCGCCGCGGCUCUUCCCAGAGAAGAGAUGCCGAGAACAGCGGGGACGAUGGUACCGGAGGCACGACCGGGUUCCUGCCUACCCUGGGCGACCGCAUCAACUUCCCGCGGCGGCUGAGCGAGCGGCGGCGGGAGAAGCGCACGCAGGAACUGCGUGGCAAGAUCUCGGGGCCGAGGGAGGUGCGCGAUGGGGUCGGGGAGGUGAUUAGGAGGAAUUCGUGGCGGGAUCGCGACGCGUUGUAUGUGGAGGCGCAGCAGAGGGAGAGGAGGUUGUUGAGGGAAAGGGGGGGUUGA